CGCCAUCAUGUCGGGGCGCGGGAAGACGGGCGGGAAGGCCCGCGCCAAGGCCAAGUCCCGCUCGUCCCGGGCCGGGCUGCAGUUCCCCGUGGGCCGCGUCCACCGGCUGCUGCGCAAGGGCCACUACGCCGAGCGGGUCGGGGCCGGGGCCCCCGUCUACCUGGCGGCCGUGCUGGAGUACCUGACGGCCGAGAUCCUGGAGCUGGCGGGCAACGCGGCCCGCGACAACAAGAAGACCCGCAUCAUCCCGCGGCACCUGCAGCUGGCCAUCCGCAACGACGAGGAGCUCAACAAGCUGCUGGGCGGCGUCACCAUCGCGCAGGGCGGCGUCCUGCCCAACAUCCAGGCCGUGCUGCUGCCCAAGAAGAGCGGGGCCGCCGCCAGCCCCAAGGCCCCCGCCAACGCCGCCGCCUCCAAGAAGGCCACCCAGGCCUCGCAGGAAUACUGAGGCCCGCCCCUCCCCCCGAAAAGGGGGUCGCCACUUGGGCCAAAGACCCCCCCCCGUCCCCGUCCCCGUCGAUGCCAGGCGGGGGCGAGGACCGGCCUUGGCUGCUGUUGCCGUUGGCAACCGGACCCACGGAGCCCUUUCUCGCCCCCUUUUUGGGGGGUCCGACCUGCCCCCCUCCUCCGGACGACUCGCUUCCUCUUGGCAACCAAGGCGGGGUUGCCCAUCUCAGUUUUGGGGGGCCCGCUUUCUAGUUAAGGGAUGGGGAGAGUGUGUCCCCAUCUCCACCCUUUUGGGGGACUGAGGACGAGGUGGUCGUGAAACGGACUUUUGUUUAUUAAAUGUCUUUUUUUUUUUUUCUUUUUGCAA